AUGAAAUUCUCUAAGACUGCUAUUUUUCUUUUUGCAACUUACUCAUUUGCAGCUCCGGUAACUGAGGCUAACUCUGGAAAUGGGGGUUAUGACUCGAAAUCCAAGUGUUCUACCUGUGUAAAAGUAAUUCCCGGAGUUAUUUCAGGUAUGAUUGGUGGUGGCACUGGGGGAACUAUUGGAACUGGAGCCACUGGUGGGGCUAUCACUGGAACAACUACUGGCGGAACCACUUCAGGCGGAACCACUUCUGGUGGAACCGCUUCUGGUGGAACUACUUUGGGCCAAAAUACAGUAAAUAAUGUGUCAAACAUUACUAACAAAGUUUCCAAUACUAAUACAUCUAAUAACAGUGCCAAUAACACUAAUAAUAAUACAAACGGAAAUACCAACAAAAAUGCCAACAACAACAAUAACGACAACAAGAACAAUAAUUCCAAUGAAAACCAGAACAACAACACUAACCAAAAUGCUAACUACCAAGUUAACUUUUCUGCUAAUUUUAAUGUUGUGACCAUUUAUAUUCUCCCUAAUGGUAUCCUUUCACUCACACCUGCUAAUGGUUCUGUUCCGUUUAGCUACAUUAUUAAUGGGAACUCAUUGAUCACAGCAUCCCCUGGGUUUAGUUCUGGAACAGUAGUUGUAAACAGUGAUGGUUCUCUUCAAAUUGUACAAAGUGGAUCCUCUUUUAAUAAUUGGAUUUCUGAAGGUGGAUAUAUUACUCCGGGUGGACGCACCAUUUAUGCUUGCCCAGAUUCUACUGGAGCUUACACUUUAUACUGUGACAACGUUUGUCCUGGUGGAAAAAUUGUUGCCUUCACUUCAGAUGGCACUUGCGGUCUUCAAAAAUGA